AAAAUUGAUUGGCAACGUUCAAAACAACUUCAUUUUUAAACAUCAAAAUAGCAUUUUUUAACUAAAAAUAUGUCAUCAAUAAUACCAUUAGACAUACAAAAACAUCAAUGACGUAUUUAAGUUACCGUAAGAUGUAGAAAUUCACUCGAAAACGAGCCCUAAGUUGGCAGAAAACCAACUGAACUUGGAGCACCUGUUAAAAAUUUGGGAAAAAUUCCAUAAAAAGUGCUGAUUUUCUUUCAAUUCAAUCAUUGCAGCCAUCAUGGAUCAUACAGGAGGUGGUUACAUGUCCCAGCCACUUACCAAUUCUGAGGCAAUGCGACGAUGUAUGACCAUUCCAGCAGCUCCCCCUUCAAGUCAGCUUCGCUACACACGUGACCCCUACCCCCCUUACGCAACAGCAGCUGCCCCAGUCAGGUCGUGGUCACGAAGACCAGCUUCUGCUCCCACACGUAGGGCGGCAGCACCAUCAAACUCAUUGCCAUGGCGACAAAAUAAUUAUGUUAGCCCUCGGAGACAGAAAACUUACUCAGUGGGGUUGGCAAGUAGUAGUAGGAUAAGGGAUGACUUCAGCAUACAUACACCAUGGCAAGCUCGUAAGAUUGAGAGCUGGAUUAACUCUACAUUAGGGUACCCCCAGGCCGACAGUGGGAGACAAUGUCAGCUCUCCGCCUAUGACCCCCUCAAUGACCCCCACCUCCAGGACUACUACACUAAGAAGUUCAGUUCUAUACCAAGGCCACCCUCUGGGCGCCCUAGGGCAAGGUCACCAUCUGGGAAGCGGGGCAUGAAGUCACCCAGGGGGAAAAUGUCUCGAAAAGGGAAAGAGGACAUUCUUUACAAGAUAGCAGUAACUACUGGUGACAAGAAGAAUUGUGGUACUGAUGCUAGGGUGUUUAUAAGACUAAAAGGCAGCAAAGGAAAACUUCCAAAAAAGCAACUUAUAAAGAAAUCAGGUUCGACAAAGAAGAAUGUUGGAUUUAGAUUUGCCAAGGGGACAACACAUGUGUUCAAGGUCAGAGGUCAAGAACUUGGUGAUCUUGUCUCCAUGGUAAUCGAGCAUGAUGGUCUAGCAGAGAAGGAUAGUUGGUACCUGGAAGAAGUAGAAGUUGUGAAUACAUCUACCAAAAAGUCGUGGUUAUUUCACUGUCAACAAUGGCUGUCAUUACAUAAAGGAGACGGACAGAUGAGCCGUGAACUCUAUGCUAAGAAACAUUCCAAAACUGAAUAUCGAAUUGUGACAGUCACUGGUGGAAUGAAAGGGUCAGGAACAGACGCAAAUGUAUUUUUGACCUUAUAUGGUAAAAGCGGUCACACGCAGAAAAUCAGCCUGAAGAAUAACAGUAAAGAUGUUUUCGAGAAAAACCAAUCUGAUGAAUUCUUUGCAAAAUCUACUUGUGUAGGGCCAAUGACAAAAAUAAGGAUUGAACAUGACAACACUGGUUUUGCCGCAGGCUGGUACCUUGAGAGAGUUGUCGUGACUGACAUGAAGAACCCUAAAUGGACAUAUUAUUUCCCAUGUGGCCAGUGGCUGUCUAAGAGUGAGGGGGAUGGUGCAAUAUCACGUGAUCUUAUUGGGAGCAAGGACCCAUUGGCAAUUAGACGUGCAAAUAAGUACAAAGUGACAGUGUAUACAGCUGAUAAACGUGGGGCAGGGACAGAUGCCAAUGUUUACAUCACAAUGUUUGGUGAGACAGGGGACUCUGGUGAAAGACGUCUCGACACUUCAAAAAAUAAUUUUGAGAAAGGAACUGUGGAUGAGUUUAUAAUAGAGAGUCCAUGUCUUGGUGCCUUGAAACGGGUCAGGAUUGGGCAUGACAACUCUGGAAUGGGACCUGGCUGGUUCUUAGAUAAGGUGAUAGUUGAUGACAUGGAUCAGAACCGUGUCUAUGACUUUCCAUGUAAUCGCUGGUUAGCUGAUGAUGAAGACGACGGCCAUAUAUCCCGAGACCUUCUGUGCAAUAUUGGACCAAUGGACUCUGAGCCAGGUAUCCCAUAUGAGAUUCAAGUGACAACAAGUGAUAUACGUCAUUCGAGCACAUCAGCGCGAGUCUACGUCGUGCUCUAUGGCCCUGGGGGUGAGAAGAAUAGUGGCAAAGUGUGGCUUGAUGGAGGCAAGUUUGAUAGAGGAAAAACUGAUAUCUUUAAUGUUGAGGUGGCUGAAAAUCUGAGCCCACUGUCCAAGAUUGAUGUGGGACACGACAAUUCUGGUUCUGGCGCUGGAUGGCAUCUAAAAAAGGUUUCUAUCAAUUGUCAAAGUGCAGGAUUUGAGCAGCACUUCCUGUGUGACAAAUGGCUAGCUGUGGACGAGGGAGAAGGCCUGAUAGAACGCACCCUUAAGGAAACAUUGUCUUUGAGGAAAAAGCGCAAGAAAAAGACCACUUGGACCGCAUUCAUCCACACCAGUGACAUCAGAGGAGCUGGAACUGACGCCAACGUUUUCAUUGUCGUCUAUGGAGACAAAGGAAAGUCAGACGAUAUUUACCUUGACAACAAAAGUGAUAAUUUUGAAAGCGGUCAACUUGAUAAAUUUAAAAUUGAAAUGAUUGACAUUGGUAAACCGUACAAAAUGCGUAUCGGGCAUGACGAUAGUGGAUCAUUCGCAGGCUGGCAUUUGGACAAGGUUGAACUAGAGAAUAUGUCCAAUCAAGAUCGCUACGUGUUUAACUGUGACCGCUGGCUUGCUACUGAUGAAGAUGACGGGAGUUGUGUCAGAGAGAUGCCAGCUGAGGGACCGGGUAUCAAGAAACCAUUACCAUUGGUGAAGUACACAGCAGAGGUACACACUGGUAAGAAGAGAGGGGCGGGUACUGAUGCUAAUGUAUUCCUGUGUGUGUAUGGAGAGUUAGGAGAUACUGGAGACAGACAGCUAACACAGUCAAAGACCAACACCAACAAGUUUGAGAAAGGAAAUGUUGAUGAAUUUGAGUUUGAGGCUGUGACGUUAAAGAAGUUUGACAAGAUUAGAGUGGGGCAUGAUGGGAAUAAUGCUGGUGCGGGAUGGUACUUGGACAAAGUCGUAAUUCGGGAAGAGGGAAACUCGAAAAAUGUGAAAACAUUUGAAUGUAACAGGUGGCUUGCUAUUGAUGAAGAUGAUGGACUUAUUGUGAGAGAGAUCACAUCUGGAGGAUCACAGAUGUUAAGCACAACCAGUUACCAUGUAUCAGUGAAAACAGGAGAUAUUCGCUCCGGUGGAACAGACGCAAAUGUUUACGUUAAAAUAUUUGGCAAAAAUGGAGAUACAGGAAUCCUCUAUUUGAAGAGCUCUGAUAAUACGAAGAAUAAAUUUGAACGAGGAAGAACAGAUCUGUUUAAACUUGAGGCAACUGAUAUUGGCAAGAUUGAGAGGAUCCGUAUUGGACAUGAAGACAAUGGCGUAGGUGCAGGUUGGUUUCUUGAUGAGGUAAGAGUGGAUGUACCAUCAAAGGGGGAGCAUUACUUAUUUGCUUGCCAUCGAUGGCUGGACAAGUCUGAGGGAGAUGGAGAAAUUGAAGUGGAAUUGGAGCCUACAGAAGUCAGGAAAGGAGAUAAAGAUAUUCCCUAUGAGGUCACAGUGUGGACGAGUGACAUCAGAGGUGCUGGCACCGAUGCUAAUGUCUUCAUUCAAAUGUAUGGAGAGAAUGGCAAAACUGAGCAAUAUGACAUACAAAAUAGGACAGAUAAUUUUGAGCAGGGCCAGGUUGAGAAGUUCAAGAUUGAGGCUACAGACAUAGGUCCACUGUUGAAGAUCCGGGUCGGUCAUGACGGAAAAGGAAUGUUUGCGGGUUGGCAUUUAGAAAAAAUUCUUAUACAACGCCAUCCAACAAAAGCAUCCAAGAGGAGAAAAUGGACAAACAAGAAAAACAAAGGCAAAAAGAAACUGAAAAAAUCUGAUGAAAGUGAGGACUCAGAUAAAGAAAAUUAUAAAUCUCGGAAUAAACGACGUUCAAAACGUGACGAUUCAGACUAUGACUCUGAUGAUUCUUCAAGAAGGUCGAGCCGACGGUCGAGAUCUUCUCGUGAAGAAAAUAAAAAUGGACGUAGGAAGUCUAGAUCUGGUUCUCGAUAUAGUGACGAUGAUUUAGAAUCAUCAAUUAGCAAUAGAAAUCGUAGAAAAUCAAAAUCAUUCUCGAGAUAUAGCGAUGAGGAAGAUCGUAAAUCAAUAAAAAGUAUCAAAAAUAGAAGACGGUCAAAAUCUCAAUACUCGAGUGACGAGGAUGAGAAACAUUCUAAGAAAAAUCAGAAAAAUAGAAGGUCAAGGUCGCGCUAUAGCGAUGAGGACAGUAUGAGUGACGAUGACUCAAGAAAUAAGAAAAAGAAAAAUUAUCAGCGUAAGUUUGAUGACAAGGAAAGACGGAAGAGUAGAGAUGAUGAAAAAGAUGAUAAAGAUGAAGACAUUGAGGAGUACUGGUUUGUUUGCAAUCAUUGGUUUGCAAAGGGGGAAGAUGAUGGAAAAAUUGUUCGAGAACUUUUACCAACUGAUGAAGAUGGAAAUCCACUGGAUACAGGCCUUGAAGAAAUUGAAUACAAGGUGAAUGUAACAACUGGGGAUGUCUGGGGAGCAGGCACGGAUGCAGUAGUGUUCAUCAACAUCUCAGGAGAACAUGGGGACACUGGGGAAAGAGAACUACAGGACUCAAACAACAUCAACAAAUAUGAGAGAAACCAGACUGAUGAGUUUGUGAUCAAAGCAGUUGAGCUUGGUGAGCUGAAAAGACUUAGGAUCAGACAUGACAAUGCAGGUGGUGGAGCAGCAUGGUUUCUUGGACAUGUUGAAGUAGAAGACCCCAAGUCAAAGAAAAAGUGGUUCUUUCCCUGUCAGAGAUGGCUGGCUACAGAUGAGGAUGAUGGGCAGAUAGCCAGGGACUUGGUUCCAGUUGACAUGUCGCUGAAGAAGAAAUUAUCUCGCCAGGACUCCAUGGCCAUCAGGAAGGAAAUUGCAUUGGAAACAAAAGCUGCCAUGACAACCUACCAUGUUUAUGUGACCACUAGUGACAUCUGGGGAGCAGGGACAGAUGCAAAUGUUUACGUUGUGCUCUUCGGAGAACUUGAUGACACAGGUCAGAUGUUCUUAAAAACAUCAAAGACAAACCGUGAUAAGUUUGAGAGGAAGCAAACAGAUGAAUUCAUCAUAGAAGCAGUAGAAAUCGGAGACCUCAAGAAAAUAAAAAUCGGCCAUGACAACAAAGGAGGUGGUGGAGCCUGGCAUCUAGAAAAGGUUGAAAUUGAUGCGCCAUCUUUAGGCAAGAAAUGGACAUUCCCAUGUGGGCGCUGGCUUGCUAAAGAUGAAGAUGAUGGCCUAUUGGAGCGAGAGCUCUAUCCACAGGAACUUGCCACAGAGCAGUACAUCCCAUGCAUACCUUACGAGAUCACCACAUAUACAAGUGACCGUAGCGGGUCAUCCACAGACGCAGAUGUUUAUAUUGUCAUAUACGGCAAGGACCAAUGCAGUGAAAAGAAAUCGCUGUGUGCCAAUAAAAAGGAGAGAAAGAGCAGCUUUGAACGAGGAGCGGAGGAUAAGUUUGUCAUUGAGCUCGAAGAUGUGGGAGACCCCAUAGAAAAGAUACGAAUUGGUCAUGAUGCUUCAGGCUGGGGAUCAGGAUGGCAUCUUAAUCGUGUAGAAAUGAGAAAGCUGCACGAGUCUGGAAAGGGUUCUACGACUUACGUGUUUCCAUGUGAUCGCUGGUUGGCCAGGGAUGAGGAGGAUGGCGCAAUUGAGCGGGAAUUAGUGGCCGGAAAGAUUUUGGAAGAAACUAUGAAAAAAGAUGGCACUGUAAAAAAGAAACAAAUUGAAAGGAAAGAUACAUUGAUAAGCAAGAAAUAUAAUGUGAAUGUCUAUACUGGAGAUAUUCGUGGUGCUGGCACUGACGCUAACGUCUUCUUAACCAUAUUUGGAGAAAAGGGUGACACCGGAGAGCGAAAACUUGUCAAAUCAGAGACUAACCGUGACAAAUUUGAGCGAAACCAGGUUGACAAGUUUACCAUGGAGGCUGUUGACCUUGGUAAGCUGUUCAAGGUCAAGAUUCGCCAUGACAACUCUAUGUUGAGUCCAGCAUGGUACCUGGAUAAGGUUGAAGUUAUUGACUCAAAUGAUGAUAACGAGACCUAUGUGUUUCACUGUGAGAGAUGGCUUGGGAAGAACAAGGAUGAUGGCAAGAUAGAACGCAGUUUAUAUGUCAAGGGAUACGAGGGUGACAUGGCAAGUACAAGUACCUUGAGAUCUAACUUGAAGAUAGGAUCCAUGACAAGUCUUGAUUCUAUGAGAAGUGAACCAUUUAGUAAGAGUCCACGAAUGAACCGCAAACAAUCUAUCAUUGAGGAACUACCAGAAGGACCAACUAUCCCAUACACUGUGAGGGUCCACACUGGGGCAGGUGAUGACAAUGGGACCGACGCUAAUGCAUGGAUACAGAUCUAUGGCCAGAAGAAGAAGCUGACCACAGGGAAGUUAUACCUAGAGCUUGCCCAGAGAGAAAAGUUCCUCCCUUCAUCUAUAGAGACAUUCUCCCUCGAGGCUGUGGAUGUGGACGAGAUCAAAUCUAUUGAGAUUGGCCAUGAUGGGGUAAUCCCAGGUACAGGUUGGUUCAUAAAGGAGGUAGAUAUCGACAUGCCAACCAAGGGCAAACAUUAUUUCCUACCCUGUAAGCAAUGGUUAGCAAGAGACAAGGGUGAUGGAAGAACAUCUAGGACUAUUAAUGUACAAGAUGGAGAUGGGACAACUACCUCUUAUAAACCAAUGGUGCCAUACGAAGUGACAGUUCACACAGGGGACGAAUCUGGUGCUGGGACUGAUGCUCAGAUAUUUAUCAAGGUGUUUGGAGCCAAUGGCAACACAGAUGAUAUCAUGCUAGAGAAGAAAUCUGAAAGAUUUGAAAGAGCAAAGGCAGAUCUUAUAAAGCUUGAGCUUGAUGACAUUGCACCCCUCAAGAAGCUGCGUGUAGGGCAUGAUGGGAAGGGAACACGUCCUGACUGGUACCUGGAUAAGGUUGAGUUACGGAACAUGGAUACUGGUGAUCUGACUGUGUUCAAAGCUGGCUGUUGGCUGAGCAAGACCAAAGGAGACAAUAAACUAGUCAAGGAUCUACCAGCAUUGGUCAGGGGAAAGAAACAAGUCAAAACAACGUCGUACAAAGUGAAUGUAAAGACCAGUGAUGUCAGAGGUGCGGGCACUGACGCAAAUGUCUACUGUAUACUAUUUGGUGAGAAUGGAGACUCCGGCGAACUUCACCUUAAAUCAUCAGAGACUUUCAAAGAUCCAUUUGAGAAUCAACAGGUUGAUGUCUUCACUUUUCCUGACAUGUUGUCGCUCGGUGAACUGUGCAAAGUUCGAAUUUGGCAUGACAACAAAGGAUUCGGUGCUGCCUGGCAUCUUGCCCACGUUGAGGUAGAAGAUGUUAGUGGAAAGAAGAAGUUUAUGUUCCCCUGCAAUAGAUGGCUCUCCAAGAGUGAGGAUGAUAAACAGAUUAUCAGGGAAUUGACCUGCGCUAAUUUAUCAGCUCCAAGCCCGAAAGAUAAGAUUUCUUAUGAGAUAGAAGUGACCACCAGUGAUAAGGCAAAUGCAGGGAUGGUUCACAAUGGCUGGCUCCAGCUGGAAGGCAAGCUUGAGGGCAAGAAGAAAACCUCAAAGGAAUUUGUCAUGGAGAACAGCGCAAAGAAGAAAAUACUGAGAAAGGGUCAAACAGAUUCCUUCAAAUUCUCCAGCAAGAAUCUUGGGAAGCUACAAAGGUGCAUUCUGGGAGCUGUUGAGCGUGAUGACAAAUCACUAGGCGAUGUAUCUGGAAAAGAGGCAAUGUGGCACUGUCAUGAGGUCACAGUGACGGAUACAUCAUGUGGAGACAAGUAUGUGUUUCCCUGCAAAGACUGGAUUUCUAUCAUGCCUGAGAUGGAUGAAGACGAUGCCAAGAGUCUUGAGGUCAAAGAUGUUGAACAAGGAAAGCUGAACACUAUAAGAAGUUUGGCGCCGAUUAAAUAUGAAGUAAUUGUCAUAACUGGAGAUAUAAAGGGCGCUGGAACCGACGCUAACGUCCACUUGACCAUAUUUGGAACAAAUGGAGACACCGGCAAACGACCUUUGACACAGAGGUUUAGAGAUUUAUUUGAGCGGAAUCAAACAGACAAGUUUACGUUAGAAUGUCUUGAUUUAGGUGAGCUGACGAAACUGAAGAUUGAACAUGAUGACAAAGGUUGGGGGGCUGGCUGGUUCCUCGACAGAGUAGAGGUCAUCAACAUGGCAACUAACAAAACCACAACAUUCCCCUGUGAACAAUGGUUGGAUAAGAAGAAAGGAGAUGGCGAGAUCUGUAGAGAAUUAUUUCCUCGGGACUAAACUCCUUUCCAUACUAUACACAUAGACUUUCAGAAAUCUCAGAUAUAUGGACAAAUGCCAAUGGGUGAAUUCAUGCACCUAGGGUCAUUAAAGAAAAUGGAUGUUGAAUUGAUGCCCCAAAAACUUAGAUCCAAAAGCUGUGGUCUGUGUUAAAACCUGUGGAAUCUACUGGGUGGGAAUGAAACUGUUUCUGUUAUACCAGUAUACAUAACGCUUUAGAUAUUGUUCACGAACAAGACAUAAAGAGCAAUAGGAUUGCUGACAAUUACUGUAGAAAUUCAUUUCAGCUUCAAUUAAAGAAAUGAGCCCAUUGUAUCUCCUGUAUAUAAAUACCUGCAAUUGAAUCUGUAUAUAAAUUUCUGUUGUAUAUCGAUGUCUACUUGUACAUAUAAAUGUGAUUAACCAGACAUGAGUGUUUUACACGUCUCAAUGUCAUUCAAAUGAACACCAGAAACAUUAAAGGCAGCAAGUUUAGUUAGUGAUGGUUGAGAUUAUUAAGAAUUGUGUUAUUAUUUAGAUGUAUGUACAGUGUAUAUUUACUCAGGUAUGUUCACGUGACCGUUAUGUAUGACCAUUAUAAUGAUCAUGUGACCUCUAUUUGAGUCAUGUGAUGUUAAUUGAUAUGACUCAAUUGUGACGUAGGUUUUUUACUUUCAUUUUAUUCAUGUGAUACUUUAAAUAUUGAUUCAGCAGCUAAUGAAUCAUGAAGAAAGUCAUAAAAUAUCAAAAGUGAAGGGAGGUGUACUGCAGGAUGUGAAAUCGGGGUCUGAUAGACUUGUUUUCAAAACAACUUUGCUUUUUUGCAAUUGUUCUUAUUUCUUAAUAUCAAGUAAUAUCAUGCGAUAUUCUCUUUAAUGACCCAUUCAUAUAUCGAUUAACAAAAUCAUGUUUUCUUAUCUGUAUAAAAGAAAUUGAAUUUUCAGAACAUUAAGACAAAAUCAAUUAAUAUUAACUAGUUAAUGAGCUACGGAUAUAUGGUAUCAUUUCAUCAUGAUUGUGCAUGUAUUUUGUAUCUUAUUGUGACGUUUUAGUGCAUGUAUCACACAUGUAUCACACUAGUAGGUGUACAUGUAUCACACAGUAGUACAUGUAUAACUAUUGACUCAAUCAACUUUUAAAAAACCGUCCUUUCAUUGCAUUCCAAAAUUUUUUAUAAAACUAUUGUGUUUCUUUUAUGAACACUUAUAUAAUCUACACUUUGCACCGUCCACAACUUUUUUAUGACUUUACCGUUGUACAUGUUUUAUAUAAAUACUGUAUGGUUUCAAUAUAAAUUAAUUUUAUUCAGAAUAUUUUCAAUUAAUUGUACAUAUUAAAAUGUUUAAAACAGAUGUGCUGAUUCUAUGAUUUAAUAGGCAGGUUAGGCUACACAUUUUUAGAGAAAUCAUUCUUGGGACCCCCAGGAAUUAUUGUCCCCCUCUCACCCUCUAAUUAAUUAAUUGGAGCUAAUUAAAACUAUUUUCCAUAUUCCUUUACAGUGAUCUCCCCAGGAUUUUUUCUCAGGCGGGUGCAAAAUUCUCAUUUUCACAAUUCAGACCA